CCACCUCCUCCUCGCCUCGACGCACUUCAGAUGUAACGCGGCUUCACCACCACCCGCCAGGCCUCCAACAAGUAACAACCACGAUGCCGUCCAGUUCCGCCCUCCCGUGGUGGCUCGCCACCACCGCCUGCUCCCCGCCGCCGACGUCGUCGCGCUCCCUCCCGGCCAGAUUCGCCUUCCUCUUCCUCUCCCCAUGCCCGCAGCGCGCGCUCCUCGCCGCCCUCGACCUCGCGUUCCUCCUCGCCGCUCUCGCCCUCGCCUUCCGCGCCCGCCGCCGCGAUGACGGCGGCCUCGACCCCCGCACGCCGGAGCGGGAGCCCCUCCUCGCCACGGCCGCGGGUCCUCGCCGCGGAACCGGCAUCCGGCACGGGCUCGCGCUCGCGGCGUCCGGGGCCCAGGCGGCGGCGGCCCUCGUGCUGCUCGCGGUCGCUCUCCUGCGCCGCCACCAGGUAGCGACGGGGGCGUGGGUCGCGGCGGAGUGCGCACUCCUCGCCGUGCACGCCGUCGCGCACCUCGCGGCCGCGGGGAUCGUCGCGGCGGAGAAGAAGCAUGGGCCUGGGGUGGCAACGCCGGUCGUCCACCCGCUGCACCUCAGACUCUUCUGGCUCGGUACGGGGGCUUUCGCCGCACUCUUCUCCGGGUGCGCCGCCGCGCGGUACGCUGCCGGGGACCCGCUCCUCCCCGAUGACUCGCUCGCGUUCGCGUGGCUGGCGCUUUCCCUCCCGCUGCUGUAUUUCUCGGCCACUGGCUCCACCGGCCUUGCUGGCCAUGCCGCCGCGGCGGAAGUGACGUACGCCACGGCGCCGUGGCUCUCCCUCGCGACGUUCGGAUGGAUCAAUCCGCUCAUCGCCAAGGGCUCGAAGGCGACCCUCGCGGUGGACGACGUCCCGCCGGUGGCGCCGGCCGACACCGCCGAGGCGGCCUACGCGCUCUUCAUCUCCAACUGGCCCGUUCCGCCACCCGAGUCGCCGCCGUCCAAGCCCGGGCGCCCGGUCCUCACCGCGAUCCUGCGCUCCUUCUGGCCGCAGUUACUUCUCACCGCCGUGCUCGGCGUGGCGCACCUCUCCGUCAUGUACAUCGGCCCGUCGCUUGUGGACAGGUUCGUCAAGUUCAUCCGUCGCGGCGGGGAUGUCAUGGAGGGGCUCCAGCUCGUGGCCAUCCUGCUCGCCGGCAAGACGGCCGAGACGUUGACGUCACACCACUACGAGUUCCAGGGCCAGAAGCUGGGGAUGCGCAUCCACUCCGCGCUGAUCGCCGCCGUGUACCGCAAGUCGCUGCGGCUGUCCACGGGCGCCCGGCGAGCGCACGGCACCGGUGCCAUCGUGAACUACAUGGAGGUGGACGCCGAGGAGGUGUCCGACGCCACGCACCAGCUCCACAACCUGUGGCUGAUGCCACUGCAGAUCGUCGUGGCGCUCGCUCUGCUCUACACCCACCUGGGGCCCGCCGUGCUCACCGCCAUUGCUGCCAUCGUCGUGGUCACCGUGGUUGUGGCCUUCGCCAACAAGCUCAACAUCGAGUACCAGUCCAAGUUCCUGGGCAAGCGCGACGAGCGCAUGAAGGCCAUCACCGAGCUGCUCAACUACAUCCGGGUGAUCAAGCUGCAGGCGUGGGAGGAGACGUUCGGGGCCAAGAUCCGCGACCUCCGGGAGGAAGAGCUUGGGUGGCUGGCCAAGUCCAUGUACUUCAUGUGUGCCAACACCAUCGUGCUGUGGAGUGGUCCGCUCGCCAUGACCGUGCUCGUGUUCGGCACCUGCGUGCUCACCGGCGUCAAGCUCGACGCCGGCAAGGUGUUCACGGCCACCGCCUUCUUCCAUAUGCUGGACGGACCGAUGCAGAGCUUCCCCGAGGCCAUUGCCGCUUUGACGCAGGCAACCGUGUCUCUCGGCAGGCUUGACAGAUUCCUCUUGGAAGCCGAGCUUGAUGACGCGGCAGUGGAGCGCGUGGACGACACCGGCAUUGGCCCAGGAGAGGUGGUUGUGGCGGUGCGCGAUGGCGUUUUUGCGUGGGACAUGAGGGGUAAGAAGGAGAGCGAAGAAGAGGAAGGUGACGAUGAUGACCAUGAAAGCGAGGAUGAGGAAGAGGAGGGUGAGGACGACGACGACGACGACGAAGAAGAAGAGAAGGAUGUGGAGCCGACACCGGUGCUGGAAACGGUGCUCAAGGAUAUCAUUAUGGAGGUAAGGAGGGGAGAGCUCGUCGCGGUGGUCGGGACUGUCGGAUCCGGCAAGUCAUCGCUGCUGUCCUGCAUUAUGGGGGAGAUGGAGAAGGUCUCCGGCAUGGUGAGAGUCUGUGGGAGCACUGCAUAUGUUGCACAGACUGCUUGGAUUCAAAGCGGAACCAUUCAAGAGAACAUCUUAUUUGGCCAGCAGAUGCAUCCUGAAAGAUAUAAAGAAAUUAUACGGUCUUGCUGCCUGGAAAAAGAUUUAGAAAUGAUGGAAUUCGGUGACCAGACUGAAAUAGGAGAACGCGGAAUUAAUCUCAGCGGUGGGCAGAAACAGCGUAUUCAGCUUGCCAGAGCAGCUUAUCAAAAUUGCAGUAUAUAUCUUCUUGAUGAUGUGUUCAGUGCUGUUGAUGCACACACAGGUUCAAGUAUCUUUAAGGAGUGUAUAAGGGGCAUGCUUAAGGGAAAGACCAUCGUACUUGUUACACAUCAAGUGGAUUUCUUGCGUAAUGUUGAUAAUAUAUUUGUCAUGAGAGAUGGUAUGAUUGCACAAUCCGGAAAGUAUGAUGAACUAAUAGAAGCAGGCUCAGAUUUUGCAUCUUUUGUCGCUGCUCAUGACAGUUCAAUGGAGCUGAUGGAGCAAAGUCAGCCAGUAGAGAAAACUGAACAUUCCCUUCGCUCUACAUCCAUAGGAAAGGGUGAGAAGGCGGUUGUGGCACCUGACAUAGAGGCAGGUACUUCUAAGAUUAUACAAGAAGAAGAAAGGGAGAGUGGUCAAGUAAGUUGGCGAGUGUAUGAGCUAUACAUGACAGAGGCUUGGGGUUGGUGGGGGGUUGUGGGCAUGAUUGGCUUAGCAUUGGUGUGGCAAGGUUCUGAUUUGGCUAGCGACUAUUGGCUAUCAUACAAAUUGUCAGGCAGUACUCCAUUUGACCCAUCUAUGUUUUUUGGAGUCUAUGUAGCCGUAGCUCUAUUUGCAAUGGUUCUUGAGGUAAUCAAGACUCUUCUUGAGACGGUUUUUGGACUUAAAACAGCUCAGAUAUUUUUCAAGAAGAUGUUUGACAGCAUUCUGCGUGCUCCAAUGUCAUUUUUUGAUACCACUCCUUCAGGAAGGAUUCUCAGUCGGGCAUCAGCAGACCAAACAACCAUUGACGAUGUGCUCGCCUUUUUUGUUGGUCUGACAAUUUCAAUGUACAUUUCAGUAUUGAGCACUGUAAUUGUUACUUGUCAGGUCGCAUGGCCAUCAGUUAUAGCAGUAAUUCCACUUCUUCUACUUAACAUCUGGUACAAGAACCGCUACCUUGAAACUUCUCGGGAGUUAACUCGGCUUGAAGGAGUAACAAAUGCACCAGUUAUUGAUCAUUUCUCAGAGACUGUUCUAGGUGCUACAACCAUAAGAUGUUUCAAAAAAGAAAAAGAAUUUUUCCAGAAGAGUCUAUUGGGAAUUAAUUCAGGUUUGCGGAUGUCCUUCCACAGCUGUGCAGCAACCGAGUGGCUCGGGUUCCGACUGGAACUGAUUGGAACACUUGUAUUGUCAAUAACAGCUUUUCUCAUGAUCAGUUUGCCCAGUAAUUUUAUAAAGAAAGAAUUUGUUGGUAUGUCUCUUUCGCAUGGCCUUGCACUCAAUUCCCUGGUGUACUUUGCAAUAUCCACUAGCUGUAUGUUAGAAAAUGACAUGAUUGCUGUGGAGAGGGUAAAUCAGUUCAGCAAUCUUCCUUCUGAGGCGCCAUGGAAAAUAGAAGGCAAUCUUCCUUCUCCGAAUUGGCCCACUCAUGGAGAUAUUGACAUUAAGGAUCUAAAGGUUAGGUACCGACCAAACACACCUCUAAUUCUGAAAGGUAUUAAUGUAAGCAUCAGUGGUGGAGAGAAGAUAGGAAUAGUUGGAAGGACAGGCAGUGGCAAGUCAACUUUGAUUCAAGCAUUGUUCAGGCUGAUCGAGCCUACAGAGGGGAAGAUGAUCAUUGAUGGAAUAGACAUAUGUACACUGGGUCUGCAAGACCUGAGAUCUCGAUUCGGCAUAAUUCCCCAGGAACCCGUCCUCUUUGAAGGAACAAUUCGAAACAACAUAGAUCCCAUUGGGCAGUAUUCAGAUGCUGAAAUAUGGCAGGCUCUGAAGCGCUGCCAGCUGAAAAAUGUAGUAGCUUCAAAACCUGAAAAACUUGAUGCUCCAGUGGCUGACGGUGGAGAGAACUGGAGCGUAGGCCAAAGGCAGCUUCUGUGUCUUGGUCGUGUCAUAUUGAAGCGGACCCGAAUCUUAUUUAUGGAUGAGGCAACUGCUUCUGUUGAUUCUCAAACAGAUGCCACGAUUCAGAAGAUCACACGACGAGAGUUCAAAUCAUGCACAAUAAUUAGCAUUGCACACAGAAUACCAACAGUCAUGGACUGUGAUAGAGUUUUGGUACUGGAUGAAGGUCUGGUAAAAGAAUUUGACGCACCGUCAAGGUUAAUGGAACAGCCAUCACUCUUCGGUGCAAUGGUUCAGGAGUAUGGCAACCGCUCUUCGGACCUGUAGCUCUACCCAUGAUGCUGUGGAUUUCAAGAAAUAAGAAUCAUUUUGAUAGGUUGACUUGAGUGCACACAUGGAGAAAAUAAAAUAUCGAAAGAGAGACAGAAAUCAAGUGGAAAUUCCGGUUCGGAACUCUUAUUAUUUAGAUGAAAUUGUGUUGUCACUUCGACCUGAAGGAAGCCCUCAAGGAUGGUCUUGUUGUCAGAUUUUCGUCAGUAUGGCUAGCAUAGCUUCUUUUUUCUUUUCUUUUCUUUUUUUGGAAAGGCCAUAGCUAGCGUAGCUUUCAAUUUUAGUGCUUCGGUUGUGUUUAAUUUCCAUCUUUUUCCGGUUCACAGACCAUGGCCUCCUCCCGUUUGCCUAGCAAUAAGUGAACCAUUUGCCUUCUCUCUAAAUUGUACACAUGUGCAUGGCACGUUCUUAAAUAAAACUUUGAGCUGAGCAAUUUGUCUUGAA